ACCAUCCAAAACGAAAUCUUUGGAGCAAGAAAACAAUGAUGGCGACCACAACAUCAACCCAAGCCACAGUUUUCGCAAUCGCCCUUUUCUUGGUCGCCAUCCAAGCCGUUCAUGCAGACUAUUAUCGUCCACGGCUACCUACAAGCCCGAGCCCUCCUCCCUACGUGGCAAAGCCUAAGCCGCUCCCAACUCCCAGCCCCAAACCUAUCCUCUAUCAUCCUCCUCCCACAUACCAACCACCCACGGGAUCGUUCGAACAACAAUUUCUUGAUCCACAUAAUACUGUCCGAGGCAAUCUAGGUCUGCCUCCAUUGGUGUGGGACGUAAAGAUCGCAAGCUAUGCAACAUGGUGGGCUAACCAGAGGCGAUACGACUGCUCCUUAACCCACUCGACCGGCCCAUACGGUGAGAACUUGUUCUGGGGAAGUGGCUCAGACUUUACAUCGACUUUCGCAGUGGAGUCAUGGACCGUGGAGGCUAAGUCCUACAACCACAUGACCAACACGUGUGAAGGAGAUGGUAUGUGUGGUCACUACACUCAGAUCGUGUGGCGUGAAACCAGGCGCCUUGGUUGCGCUCGAGUUGUCUGCGAAAACGGCGCUGGAGUUUUCAUCACUUGCAACUACGACCCUCCGGGUAACUACGUUGGGGAGAAGCCUUACUAACUUGGUCUAACACGUUGUUUUAAAUUAAUAUUAAUGUUACGUUGGUGAUUUCUUAAUCUAUGUUUUUAUUCUUCUUGACUUUUGUUUCUUUUUAAACUUAUCAUCCUGUGGAUUUUAAGUUGAUGGUGUUAUGAACAUUUUGUUGUUUUCUACUUUUCAUUUUGUGAUGGUCAUGUCCCCAAAAUAAACUUUUAAUCGGUAU